UCUAAACUGCUAAUGAUAAACAUUACUGAUUGUUUAUCUAGUAGUUAUAAGGUCAGCCGUCAGGAGGCUAGCAGCAGCAGGUGCUUAGGAAUAAUAACAUGGAGUUGAUAGUUGUUGUCUUCUUGUCUCUUUUUACUGUCAAGGUUUCUUCUCAGAUUUCAGCUGUGUAUGAUGUGACUAACCCAGCUUCCUUUGAUGGAUCUAAUCUCACUACAACUGAUCCUAACUGUCCUACUCUAGUGGUUUGUUUUAACUCUACUUCUAAACUAAUCAAUGGAGACUUUGGUCCAAUGGAUUCACUCAAUGGUCAAUUAGGAAAAUUCUUUGCUUUUAGUCAAAAUAACAGUAGAGUGACUUUCCAGGUCACUACCAGUACCAGAGUAUCAACAGUAGUACUGUAUUUUUUCAAUUCUCCUGCUGACGGUAUUGGACUGCCUCAGUUAAAGGUUCUACAAUCAAUAAGCUUACCUCCUGUUCCUUAUUUCUUCUCUAAUAAUGAUGAACUGACACUAACUGACUCUCAACUGAGAACUGUCACAUUACACCUAAAUCAAAAAUUGAUAACAGUUCAGAUUGAUUUCAUAUUCCCAUCCAACAGUAGAAUCAAUUGGUUUUUAGUCAGUGAAGUUCAGUUAUUUGCUGGUAGUCCUGUAUCUGCUCCAAUGGAAGAUAUUGUAUUUAAGGAUGGUAGUAUCAGUGUAGUGACAUUAGGGCCAGAUAACAUUCAGUCUUCAAUCAGUAUCAACUGUACUGUACUCAAUAAUGGAUCAUUUCACUGGAACUGGCUAUUCAAUAAUACUAUACCUAUAACUGAUGAAUUAUUCGUUGAAGAUGCUACCAGAACUAGUAUACUGAACAUUAAUGGACUCUCUUACUCUAAUGAAGGAAACUACACUUGUACUGCUAAUAGUACUGCUGGGAGUACGGCAUCAAAAAUUAUUCAAAUAAGAAUUUCAUCUUCAACCAGUAAUACCAUCUCCUCGAGUAGUGCAUCCAUUGCCACUGCUACUGGUAAGUGUUCAUUAAUUGCUUUCAUGUUGUUCCAUUAA